AGAGCCAAAAUGCAAGUUCACAACAUCUAUAAAUAUGUAACCCUUACCUUGGAGCUAGCAUUGCCAGUAAUACCAACAAUUAAUCUGAAGUCUUGACUAGCUUCUUCUUUUCCCUGAAUGGCCAAUACAAUUUCUCCUCCUCCAUAUGAAACAAUUUCUUAUAACAACCACAUAUAUAGAGCUUUGGAUAUUGUUGUCCUCUUACUUCUAACUUCUCUUCUUGUUUAUCGUCUUCUCACUCUCAAUGAAAAUGGCUUUGCUUGGCUUCUUGCUCUCCUAUGCGAGUCAUGGUUUACCUUCAUUUGGUUUCUUACUGUUAAUGGAAAAUGGAAUCCAGUGGAACACAAAACAUACCCAGAACGCCUUCCUCAAAAGACAGAAGAGUUUCUUCCACCUUUGGAUAUGUUUGUUACUACUGCAGACCCUGUGCUAGAACCGCCUAUAAUCACCAUGAACACAGUGAUAUCUUUAUUGGCAGUUGAUUAUCCAGCACGUAAGCUAGCUUGCUAUGUAUCAGACGAUGGCUGUUCUCCUCUCACCUUUUAUUCUCUCGUUGAAACCUCCAAGUUUGCAAAGCUUUGGGUUCCAUUUUGCAAAAAGCAUAAUAUUAAAUUGAGAGCUCCCUUUAUGUACUUUUCAAGUGAUAAGUCAAUAAUGUCUAGUGAUAAAUCACUAGAAUUCCAGCAAGAAUGGAAGGAUAUGAAGAAUAAGUAUGAGAGGCUUAGCCGCAAAAUCCAAGAUGCAGUCAAAAAGGGCAUUCCACCAUAUAAUCUGACAGGUGAUUUAGCUGUCUUCUCCAAUAUUGAACGCAGAAACCAUCCAAGCAUAAUUAAGAUUAUAUGGGAAAAUAAGGAAGGUCUAUCAGAUGGGUUGCCUCGUUUGAUUUAUGUAUCGAGAGAGAAGCGUUUAAAGCAUCCACAUCACUAUAAAGCAGGUGCUAUGAAUGUGCUAACAAGAGUCUCUGGAUUGAUGACGAAUGCUCCCUUCAUGUUAAACGUAGACUGCGACAUGUUUGCCAAUAAUCCACAGAUAGUUCGUCAUGCAAUGUGUUUGUUGUUAGGUUCCAAGAACGAAAGGGAAGCAGGAUUUGUCCAGAGCCCACAGAUUUUUUACGACGGAAUAAAAGAUGAUCCAUUCGGAAACCAAUUAGUGGUUUUGAUAAAAUAUUUUGGACGUGGAAUGAAUGGAAUUCAAGGACCAUGCUAUGGUGGAACAGGUUGUUUUCACAGGAGAAAAGUAAUUUAUGGUUUAUGUCCUGAUGAGGUAGAAAGUAAAGCAAGCAAUCUCACUUCAGUUACUGGCAAUUUAGCUUAUGAAGAACUGCAAAAAAUAUUUGGCAACUCAACAGAAUUUAUCAAAUCAGCUGCUCAAGCAUUGCAAGGGAAGACCAAUAUUCCAAAUACCCCUUCUAAUUUGGUUGAGGCAGCAGCAUACCAGGUUGCUGGUUUUGGUUAUGAGUAUGGCACUGGCUGGGGUACAGAGGUUGGAUGGCAAUAUGGAUCCAACACAGAAGAUGUACUAACUGGUAUGAAAAUUCAUUCAAGAGGUUGGAAAUCUAAAUAUUGCAACCCAGACCCUCCAGCCUUUCUUGGGUGUGCACCAUCAGGUGGGCCAAGCACAUUGACCCAACAAAAGAGGUGGGCCAUAGGUUUGCUUGAAGUAUUGAUAUGCGAAAACAACCCCAUAUUUCACACCAUUACGGCUAAGCUCCAAUUGGGGCAGUGUUUGGCUUAUAUGUGGAUUCUUGUUUGGGCAUUACGCUCUAUUCCAGAGCUCUGCUAUGUGAUGUUGCCAGCCUACUGUCUCAUCACCAAUUCUAAUUUUCUACCCAAGGUCCAUGAACCAGCCUUUUACGGCUAUGUUGCUCUUUUCUUGAUUUACAUCCUAUAUACCAUAUCAGAAUAUCUUGAAACUGGAUUAUCCAUUCGUGCAUGGUGGAAUAGACAGAGAAUGACAAUAAUAACCUCAACAAGUGCAUGGUUAUUUGCAAUUUUAAGUGUAAUAUUGAAGAUCCUAGGCAUUUCAGAGACAGUAUUUGAAAUUACUCGAAAAGAAGAAUCCACUUUCACUGAUGAUGGUGAUGCUGGUAGGUUCACCUUUGACGGGUCACCCAUUUUUUUGCCUGGAACAACUAUUUUGAUGGUACAAUUUCUUGCACUGGUUAUGGGUUUAUUGUCGGCGCGUGAUGGGCAUUAUGGAUCAAGAUUUGGCGAGGUCUUUUGCAGCUUCUUAGUGAUGAUAUGCUUCUUGCCAUUUCUUAAGGGCUUGUUUGGGAAAGGAAAAUAUGGAAUUCCUUUGUCAACUAUAUGCAAGUCGGUUGUUUUGGCUUUGUCUUUUGUGCAAUUGUGCAAACGAGCCCAUUAAGACAUUUGAGGUUUUGGGUAUGAAAUGGGUUUUAUGUCUUCUUAAUUAUUGAUUAUUUAGUACUAUUCUCUGUUUACAGUAAUCGAUCGAUUCGAAAUAACAUAACAAAUAUUGAAAAGACAUCGAUUGUGGCAAAUGAAUAUGUUCCAUGAAUAAAUGGUGUCUUCCUUGGUAA